AAAUCACCACAUUCUGUGUUCAGUUCACCAAACCUUUAGUAAGUCCCACUGGGAAAUCUGUUCAAAUAUACAAGUGUUUGGAUCUACAUUCACUCGUUACUCUUACGUUAUCAUAUUUAAAUAUACUUUCAUCAUCAUGGACAAAGAAUCUGACCAGAAGAUAAAGAUUCGCCCCUCUCCGGCCCUUAGGAGAGAUCAACGGACCACUAGCAGCACAACUCAACAAAGUGCAGCAUCUGUAAGUGAUGGCAGGACUAACAGAACUAAAAGGAAGACCAGUCCUGACAAGAAGACACCCAGGAGAAGGACAAGGGUGUCUGAACCUGAACCCCAAAACACCUUCGAGGAGGAUCUCAGGGUGAGAAUACUGAAGAGGAAAGCCAGAGAAUAUGGAGAACGACCAUCAAUUAUGAAGAAGAAGAACAAGAAAGGAUUUGAGCUUAUCCAGUUUGACAGGGAGUCUCCGUCUUCUUCAGUGGACACAAGCAGAGACAGCAGCAGCAAGACAAAGGUAGCUGCUGAUGGAGAAAAACCAAGCAUGAAGGAGAGGAGGAGAUGGAACCCGAGGGAGACAAAAGAUUUGUCAAUAGAUGCACAAAGAGCUGAAUUUGAGGCCAAGUAUGAACAGCAGAAUCAGCUCGGCAAAGGAGGCUGUGGAUCUGUAUUUGCUGGCUAUCGCAAAGCAGAUAAUUUACCUGUUGCUAUCAAACAUAUACCAAAAGACAAAGUGUUCUGCAAACAAGUGGACAACAAUGGGAAGCAGCUCUCUGUGGAGGUGGCCAUAAUGUUAAAACUCGCUGGUGGACAAACUGGAUCAGUGGGAAAGUCGGCGCCCGUGUCCUUACUGGACUGGUAUGAUCUGGACCGGGAGCUGAUCUUGGUGCUGGAGAGACCGGUCCCCUCCCAGGACCUCUACAAAUACAUCGAGGUCAAUGGAGGCUCCCUGCAAGAGCAGGAGGCCAAGCUCAUACUGAAACAGCUGGUUGAUGCAGCAAUAGAACUUCAAGAUAAGAACGUCUUUCACAGAGACAUCAAGGUGGAAAAUAUCCUGAUUGAGACCGGCUCAGCAGUCCCGCGUGUUCGCCUCAUUGACUUUGGACUGAGCUGUUUUGUCAAGAGAGGAUCAUUUUACCGGGUCUUUUACGGUACAUCUGCUCACAUUCCUCCCGAGUGGUAUAGUCAGUGUACCUAUAAGGCCGGCCCGACCACAGUGUGGCAGAUGGGAGUGGUCCUGUUUGAUACACUCCACAGUAAAACACCGUUUGAGACCACCAAGUUCCUGGGAAACAAACUUAAAAUCAGCAAUAACCUGUCCAAAAGUUGUCGGGACUUCUUGCAAACGUGUUUAACCAAAUGCCCUGAGCAACGCCACACUCUGGAACAGCUCCAGCUUCACCCAUGGCUCAGAUAAACCAACACACACUCUUUAAAUCCAAAUUUCCUGUCAUACAAGUGCCGUACAAGAGUACGGUUCAGUGGUUAGCACUUAAAUAAGAUUUAAAAACAGGGCAAUAAACAAAUACAAUGAACAAGAAAACACACAAAAGAGAAAAA